AUGGUUGCCCACUCUCCCAAGACAGAUGUAGGUCAGAUGACAAAGACCCCGUGUGAUACAUCUGCAGAGGUCAUUGAAAGUUCUCAUGAUGACAUGAGAAGGACAACAUCUGGUUCAGAAACGGUAGUUACUCCAGGAACUAUGACAUGCAUUGCAGUUACCCACCCUCCCAGGUCAGAUGUAGAUCAAUUGGCAGCAACCACGUGUGAUACAUCUGCAGUGGUCAUUGAAAGUGUUUUUGAUGACAUGAGUUGGGCGACACCAUCUGGCCGUUCAGAAACAGUAGUUACUCCAGGAUCUAUUGCAUGCACUAUGGUUGCCCACUCUCCCAAGUCGGAUGUAGGUCAGAUGACAAAGACCCCGUGUGAUACAUCUGCAGAGGUCAUUGAAAGUUCUCUUGAUGACAUGAGAAGGACAACAUCUGGUUCAGAAACGGUAGUUACUCCAAGAACUAUGACAUGCAUUGCAGUUACCCACCCUCCCAGGUCAGAUGUAGAUCAAUUGGCAGCAACCACGUGUGAUACAUCUGCAGUGGUCAUUGAAAGUGUUUUUGAUGACAUGAGUUGGGCGACACCAUCUGGCCGUUCAGAAACAGUAGUUACUCCAGGAUCUAUUGCAUGCACUAUGGUUGCCCACUCUCCCAAGUCGGAUGUAGGUCAGAUGACAAAGACCCCGUGUGAUACAUCUGCAGGUGAUUUACUGUUAUUUUAA